AUGGCAAUAAAAAGAGUAGUAUCACUUCUACCCUCUGCCGCCGAAAUUGUUUCUUUGAUUAUAGGUGAUAGUUCUUCGGUGAAACUCGUGGGAAGAAGUCAUGAAGAUGAUUUUCCCGAGAAAAUCACAACCUUACCAAUCUUAACUGCACCAAAAACGAAAUUCACUACAUCCGCCGAAGUCGAUGCACAAGUAUCAAAAUUACUUUCGGAGGGGAAAGAUCUUUACACUCUUGAUAUUGAAUUGUUGAAAAGCCUAAAGCCGGAUGUUGUCGUUACACAGGAUCUAUGCAAUGUUUGCUCGAUUGAUUUAAACACCGUGCGGCGCGUUGUAAAACAGAUGAACCCUGAACCGUCUGUAGUGACAUUGAAUCCUAUGUCAAUUGAGGACGUAAUAUCAUCGAUUAAAACAGUCGGUAUUGCACUUGGGAUGACAUCAGAAUCCUCGAAAGUCAUCUCGGGGCUCAGAUCGCGUAUCAAAAACGCGCGCGAUCUCGCUAAUAGAAGCAACGAGUCAGGUAGAAAACCUGCCCGAGUUGCAUUUUUCGAAUGGACCUCACCGAUUUAUCUUGGUGGCCAUUGGACUCCGCAGAUAAUUCGUUGGAGUAAUGCAAAUAAGGAAGUUGCUGAGAUGGGAGCACCGCCAUCAGUCCGAAUAUCACCACAGGACGUAAUUUCGGAAAAACCUGAAAUUUUAAUAGUUUGUCCAUGCGGAUUGGACCUUGAAGCAACCAAGAGAGAGUACGAAGAAACAUUACUACCUUCGGAUUGGUGGUCGAAACUAGCAGAUAAUGCUUCUAAAAUUGCGUUGGUAGAUGGAAAUCAAAUGUUUAACCGUUCAGGACCUCGUUUGGUGGAUGCACUGGAGUGGUUGGUUGGAUACAUAAAUGAUAUUCCCGAGAUUAUUCCAAAAAAUUUUCCAUGGCAAAAUUUAAAAUCAUAA